AUGCGGCUCUUGUUUCUUUCUUUAAUAAGUAUAUUCUCUUUGGUGAGCUCGGCUUCAUUCAAAGAAGUUAGAUUCCAAAUAUUCAGUAACACUGAUGAUGACUUUGAUUCUCUUUUGAAAGUUGGUAGACGUAUACAUGCUGAUAACAAACACACUACUAUCGUAUCGGAAGUUGUGCAUUGUACUGGAGAUUCCUCUCCAUCUCAAUGUGCUGAAGUGAAUAACCAGGAUAUCCUCGUAGUUUUGUCUCAUGAUGAUGUUUUAAGCGAGAAGUAUUAUCUAUCCAGUGAGGAUAAAACGGCACAUGUGCAACUAGUAGAAAGAGGGUUCAUAGAUUUCUUUGGAAAAUGUUUAGGUGAAUUCAGAAGAAGAUCAGAGCAGCUUGAUCACAGUGAUGCAUUAGAACCCUUGUCGAACCUUUUCCAAACAAGUUCACUUAGAGAGCUAUAUGAUAAAGCGAGAUUACCAACAGAAGAAGCUCUCAACAGAUUUGUACUAGAGAACAAGGAUGAGAAAGUUAUCUUCUUAUUGAUGCUUAACACAGAAUCAUUCAAUGGUUUCCCAUAUCUUCUCCAUUCUUUGGAAAUGAGUAUAUCUACAAACUUCAAACUAGGCAUAGUUAGCUGUUUGGAGACUCCCGAGCUUUGUUCUGACACAUCAGUAUCAAACUUGGUUUCAUACAAAGAUGGUGAACGGUACAAACUGUACGACGGAGAGCUGAAUUAUCCAUCUAUCAGAGACUGGGCAAAAAGGCUUGCUAACCCUGUUCUAUCUGUUCUAUCGUCGGAUAUAGUUCCCAUGUAUCGGUCAGGAAUCAUUCCAGGAUUCGAACAAGCCCAGGAUACCGUCACCAUGCUCUUCAUUCCUACAAAGAAAAACCAAGUUUAUAAAGAUUAUCUGAAUUUUGCUAAAGAGACUCAUGGGAAAUACCAUUUGACAGUUAUGAUUGAAAAAGAAAUAGCAAAAUGGCCCAAUCAACCAGCCUUCAUUACCAUGAAGCCUUUGGAACAAGUAUCAAAAGCUUUCGUUAAGUUCCAGGAUAUCAACUACGAGUCAAUGGCUCAUUACAUAUCCACUGGAAUAUAUCCUUCUAUUCAUGAUUUGAACUCUGCGCAAUCUGUUCUGACUGCACUCUCAAUCGCAUCCCCAUUAACCAUCUUCUUUGAUCCAACAAAACUGAAGGAACAAACUCCGUUUGCCAAACUUGCUAGUGAGCACCCCAUCAGACAGAAUACCUCAGAGUUUGCUGUAGUUAUUGGAAGCAACUUAUUUGGAACAUACUUCAUAGAAAGACUAGGCUUAGACUUGUCGCAGCCUUCAUACAUUCUUAUAAAUCAAGACAGAACAUGCAUUCAUACAAAACGUAUUGCCAAGGAGAACAGAGAUGAGAUACUGCAUUGGAUUAGUUCGUCAUUGAAGAAACCGUGUGCACGAGAGAUACAGUUUGAUUUGAACGAAAUCGUAAAUCUCUCAAAAUGGGAACAGUAUGAAAGUAUCAAGGAUUUGUUAAAUAAUAAGCAAUUAGGAAAGAGUCAUGAUGAGCUUUAG